UAGAUUGACUAGUUAGGAACCAGUUCCUGAUAAGAGCCAGUCCUUGAGGUCUGAAGAGGACUCCGCGCACUCCAUGGGACAUCCACUGAGACCUCCAUACUCCGGGAGAAGCAGACAGCAUUUAGUUACACAGUGGGUUGUUGAGAACCUUCCCCUCAACAUCAGGCCUUGACUUCAUCAGUAAAUGGAAGGAAGAAAUGAUUUGAGUCCUAAGCCAACACUUGAGGAUAAUACCAAUACCAGGAAAUAAAAAGGGAAGCAGGGUAGACAAGAUGGCUCAGCAGGGAAAGGUGCUUGCUGCCAAGCCUGGUGACCUGAGUUCAAGCCCAGGGAACCAUAGAUGAACGAAGAAAGUAUUUAGAAGGACGGGAAGCUGUGGUUCUCCUCAAACAGACAGAACAUGUCCCAGAAAUUUGUUAAUAUGGACAACAUUAUCCUGAGAGAAGACCUUGGCAGAUCUAACAAGUACGAUGACAAAUUACAGAAAGGUUUUACCGCUGCAUACCCAACUCCAUCCUCCAUCCCUUAUAGAUGCAGGACCUCAAUAAUCCCAGAAUCAGAAAAAAAGGGAUUUAACAGCCAAGCCAGGAGAUUUUAUAGCAAAAAGGAUGACAUCCCGGGCCCUGGAUUCUACAAUGUCAUCCACCAGUCUCCAGUGUUCAACAGUGUCUCUCUUUCCAAGAGAGGAACCUGCACUUUUCCCUCCACGUGUGCCCGGCUGGGCCCCGUCAUUUCUAAAAAUCCUGCUGCAAACGCAUAUACCAUCCGGUCAGAGUUGGCUUCCAAGAAGGACUUCAGCAAUUCCUGCUCCAGCAUGUUCCAGCUGCCAAGCUUCAUGAAAGUGGUCAAAUCUGAAACCCCUGCCCCAAACUAUUACAAUGCCUCCAUCGCCAGCUGCAAACAGAAAAACAAUGUCUGCGCUCGAGCCGGGUUUCUAUCGAAAACACCGAGAGGAUUCAUCCCCAAGACUGGAUCAGGAGGGCCAGCACCAGGGCAUUACAAUGUCAAUGAAUCCCUGGUAAAGCAGUCGCCAAAGUUCUUAAUGUCCUGCUUCAAAUCCAAAACUGGCCGUGGAUCAAAACCAAACUCAACAGGCCCAGGGCCUGGUUACUACAACCCGAACGAUCAAACCAAGAUUCUGAAAAAAGCCCAUCUUCCGAAAACUACGCUCCUGAACUUUUCUGCCCAGCCUCUGCCUCUGCCCCCAAAGCCACCUCUUCCUGGUCCCGGUCAGUACGAGAUCGUGAACUACCAGGGACCCCCUAAGCACUUCAUCUCCAGUGCAUCGUUUGUGUCCAACACCAGCCGGUGGCCACUGAAGUCAUCCAAACCAAACUUGCCUGGCCCAGCCACGUACAAGCCAGAGAUUCCUGGGAAGCAGUCCUUCCUCUACAACGAGGACAACAAAUGGAUUCCUGCGAUCUAGUGAUGCUACAAGAGCAGUGGGAGAGAGAGGCUCAGUCCACCAGGCCCCCUGACCCUGCUCCCAGGACAUCUAUCAACAGAACAUGCCUUUCCUCUGCGUCAUCCAGCCCAGGGUCACAUAAUGUCUAGAGCUGCCUUCUGGAGACUGGCCACCCCUGCCCCUCCCAUGACCCCCCCUCACCCCAAGCAGAGCUCCCUGGCUACCUCUGUGCCAGCCUCCAAGCUGGUUCUGGUGACUCUCCUUUCCAGACAUAAGGACUCUUGGAGCAUUGACACUAAUAUGGAGUUGGAGUCUCCUGCCAAGGCAGCCUGUGGCAAAUUAGAAGCAAGUCAGCCGGGGUACUGAGGCCCUGUCCUCUAGAUUGCCCUUGUCUUCUGGGUGGCAGGAAGGCUCAGAGGUGCCUGCAGCAGAGGCACAGGAAUGUUCCCUGGGCACCCCUGCCCUCAGCUAUGCCUGGUUAUUAUACAGCAAGAACAUGCAAAGUAGUCAAGAAUCACUCAGCAUACUAUGGAUGUAGUCAUGAUGACCACAGUCAUCAGCAGGCAAGGCAGAACCUCUAGCUGGAGCUAGAGGCCUGGAACCACAGUCCCCUGUCUUCAUGUUCUCACUUCCCAGACCUUGCCUCUGCCCGGUCUCUGUCACCUUCCUGUCUUCCCACUCGGAUUCUGAGUAGGUGUCGGUUACUAAGUUGGACGGUGUCCCUGACAGAUCAUGGCUUGCCUGCAAUGGCUAGAGAGAGCUGACCAAGAACAGAGAUGAAAUGUGCCCCUUAACCUCUCCCGUUCCUCUCACCCCUUACAUUCUCUCCUAUCCCAGACACUGAUAAUGUCUGCCACUUUCCUAAACGGAUCCUCAUGGGCUCCCCUUCCCUCCUUCCCCCCUCCCCUUCCCUCUUCCCCUUCCCUCCUCCCCUCCCCCCUUCCCCUUCCCUCCUCCCCUUCCCUCCUCCUCUUUCCUUUUCCCUCCUCCAGUCCCUUCCACAAUGCCUGCCUGGGCUUCUCUCUUCCCAAGGCCCCUUCCUUGACGUUUUCUGAGAACUCUGCCUCCUGGGCUUCCCAUCUGGACUGGCUCCCUGAUUGGCUCUCUUCCCCAGGGGUGGGUGGGAAGGGAGGACAUGAGAAAGAGGGUGGGGAGAGAUGAAGAAACAUAUUCAAUUAAAUGGAAUUCUUGCUUCUCACAG